AUGCUCAGUCUCAAUCUGCUGAAGGAAGAACUUCUCUUCUUUGUGAAGAACUAUCAUGAUAUCAUUUUUGUUGCAGUUUUUGCUAUUGGAACAACAUAUUUGUUUUCAAAAGCUUGGAGAAGGACUAAUACUGAAAGAGCUCAUCACGUCCCUGGCAGAUUGGGUUUGCCUUUUCUUGGUGAAACUAUUUCUUUUCUUUCGGCCACUAAUAGUACAAGAGGGUGCUAUGAUUUUGUCAAACUCCGACGACUAUGGCAUGGGAAGUGGUUCAAGACAAGGAUAUUUUGCAAGACUCAUGUAUUUGUUCCGAGUGUAGAAGGAGCAAAAACAAUAUUUUCAAAUGAUUUUGCGCUGUUCAACAAAGGGUAUGUGAAAUCAAUGGCAGAUGCUGUAGGAGAGAAGAGCUUGCUCUGUGUACCACAUGAGAGCCAUAGAAGGAUUAGGCGUCUUCUGUCCGAUCCUUUUUCCAUGAAUUCUUUAUCCGACUUUGUUAAAAAAUUCGAUAAGAUGUUGUGCCAAAGGCUGAAGAAGUUAGAAGAAGAGAGGAAGAGCUUUGUGGUUCUCGACUUCUGUAUGAAAAUGACAUUUGAUGCUAUGUGCAACAUGCUAAUGAGUGUCACAGACGAUUCCUUGCUACGGAAAAUCGAGAAGGACUGCACCGACGUCUCAGAUGCUAUGUUAACUUUUCCAUUUAUGAUUCCUGGUACCAGAUAUUACAGAGGCAUCAAGGCACGUAAACGUCUCAUGGAAACUUUUACAGAGAUAAUUGCUAGACGCAGGAAUGGAAAGGAGGCCCCAAGAGACUUCCUUCAGUCCAUGUUAGAGAGGGACACGUUGCCUCCCGGUGAAAAGCUCGAUGAUUCGGAGCUUUUGGACAAUGUACUGACGAUGAUAAUUGCAGGGCAGACCACCACCGCGGCGGCAAUGAUGUGGAGUGUCAAGUUCCUUGAUGAAAACCGGGAAGCACAAGACAGGUUCAGGGAAGAACAGGUGUCAAUAGCAAGAAAUAAGCCAGUCGGAGCCUCACUAACUCUUGAGGAUAUUACCAAAAUGUCCUACGGUUCCAAGGUUGUAAAAGAAACGUUGAGAAUGUCAAAUGUCCUAUUGUGGUUCCCUCGUGUUGCACUUGGUGACUGCAAAUUAGAAGGUUAUGAAAUAAGGAAAGGAUGGCAUGUAAACAUUGAUGCAACUUGUAUACACUAUGACCCAGAUUUGUAUCCAGAACCUAUGCAAUUCAAUCCAUCAAGAUUUGAUGAAAUGCAAAAGCCAUAUAGUUUCAUUCCAUUUGGAUCAGGGCCAAGGACAUGCUUAGGAAUUAAUAUGGCCAAAGUGACAAUGUUGGUCUUUUUGCACCGUCUGACUAGUGGAUAUAAGUGGUCAGUUGAUGAUCUGGAUGCUAGCCUAGAAAAGAAGGCACACAUUCCCAGACUGAGGAGCGGCUGUCCCAUAACCUUGAUGCCUUUGUGAGACACAAAUAGGCCUGUGAUGGGUACAUAAGAAAGUGCCUUGGUCAAACAUAGACGGAGGUUUUUUUCUUUUUUCUUUUUUUCCUUUCCUGUUCACUUUGUUUUUCACUUCCUGUCGUGUCGUAUCAUGUAAAUUGGCAGUAAACUAGUAUGUUUAAUGCAACAAGGGAAGUUGGCACUUUCCAAUAAAGACAGGGAAUUCAAAAAACACAGAAUCCACAAGCAAACGAUCACAAGAUCUUUAAGAGGAGCUAGCACUAUGCUUAGUUCGAUAGUGCUGUAAAUUUUAGAAAAAUUACUUUUAAUUGUGCUGAAUGAAGAAACAACUGUCAUA